UGAAUAGAUAGAUGAGUAGAAAAACCAAGCCCGGGCACACAUUCAUUUCACACACACAUGCACACACACACUGACACGCACACAUGGACACAGAUGGAAUUUCAUGCUGCUCAGGGUUUUGAAUUUUUUUCCUGUGCAGUAAUGGAAGCACCAUCAAUCAUAUCAAUCAACACCAGUCACUCUGUGGUUUGCUCAGAGCACACACACACAGGCCAGACACAGCUAAACCACUCACUUACAUACCUGAAAAGAAUUAUAGCAAUCUUUAUUCAUAUAACUCGAAUCAUACAGCACAUCUGAACCACUGACCUGUGGCUGCACUCUGCUUUUAAAAAGUCAGGCAGCAACAAAUCCAGAGGACAAUUUUCUCAGUGAGGAUCAGUAAAGUGCAGUUUAACAGAACAUAACAACAGGUGCUUUUGAAACUCGUCUGUUUUAUCAUCACAUGAACAGAAACGUUCAAAUGCUAAGUUAGGAUCAUAGGGUGAGUUAUGUGCUACACCAGCCGGGCUCAGAGACUGCCCUGUCUUGUCAGCACUUGGCUGCACAGAAGUGCUGAGUAGACAGGCGAUCUGUUGUUCAGUCACAAUAUAGUUACACUAUCUAACUCCCCCUAAAACAAAUACGUGAUACAACAACACAAGAGUGAAAUUUUUAUCCAUGCUAGAAGUAUGGCUCUAGAGUGGGCACAGAGUCUGAUUAUCCCCAGGCUUUUCCACCAUAGGAAUGAUUUACUAUGAAAUUUGAUAUUCACAGUUGUUAACAGAUAAAUUCUAAUACUUGGUGCCUCAAAGCUUCCAUGUAUUCAGUGAAAUAUCUCAACAUCUACAAAUUGUCAAAACAUUGUUUAAUGACUUUGGUGAUCCCCUAACAUGUCCUCUUGCACCACUGUCAGGUUGAGAGUUGUGGGUUUUAUUGAACAAUCUUGACUAAUGAAUUAUAAUAACUUUGGACCUGACCACCACCAUCGGGUCAAACUGUCAAUGUGAAUGAUCCACAUUACUUGGGAAACUGGCUGGAGCUAAUCCCAGCUGACACUGGGCAACAGUUUAGACAAUUUAGAGUCACCAGUUAACCUAAAUAUCUUUGGACUGUGGGCCUGGAACCCAGAACCUUUUUGCUGUGAGGCAACAGUGCUAACCAUCGCACCACUGUGAUAAAAUAUGUUUUUGAAAUUCUAUUUAUUCAUCAUGGGGUGUACUUUACAAAUCUCAAAACUACACCAAACUAUACAAAACUAUGUAGUUGUAAAUGAAAGAGACCAUUGAGUAUAAUGUGCGAAAUGUGGGAUUCAGCAUUUUUUGAGUUGGACUCAUACAAGGAAAUCCAAAUUCAGGAUAUUUUGACCUGUGCUACUUUGAUUUUUGCUCUUUUACACAAAAAUGAGCGUUUCUGACUGAUGUACAAACAAUAUAACUGGGAAAAAAUGGCGGACCACACUGUGCCAGACCUUUUCCGCUCCAAAAAGAAAGCAGUUGAUUAUAUUAUAUUGUCACUAUCCCUCAUUCUCUUCAUCCUGGGGUGUUCCCUGCUUCCCUUCUCACUCCCCAAAGACACACGUUACUCCUCUUUCCUCUUACAUGUCGCUCUAUCUUCUCACAUCAUUCAAACCUUUCCUCUCACUGACCCUCCUACACCAGCUCACCAUUCCACCUCUGAAUCAGCAGUCUGGUGUAAUUGGAGACACUGAAGCCAUGACUUGUGACCCAGUAAUUCCUACCAUCUUGUAGAAGAGGGCUAUCCCUGGAUGUUCCCCCCAAUUCACGGACUGAAAUGAAAUAUUACAAUUAGCUAAAUAUAGUUUUAACCAUAUAGGAAUUCAAAAGGAGUAUGCCCAGUGUGUUAUACAUGUUAUUAACCUGUUUGUUCUAUAUACUGCGACAAGAUCUGUUGUUUAUGUUGAUGCUUUUCAUUUGGGCGUGAACUAUUUCUUUAGGCAUGCAUUUCUGACAGAUUGGGUGGGGGGGUAAUAGAGAUUCCUCACACUGGUUCGGUGUGUCUGUGUGACACAAGGAGAGGGGGUAAUGUUGUAUGUGUGUGUAUGCGAAAUGCCAGAGAGGGAGGAGGGAAAAAGAGAGGGAGCAAGGUCAGAACACUUCGAAGUGCGCUGGCUGCACACGGCGCGGCUUUCAGCGCACAAAAAUUCACAGUUCAGCUCCCUCGUUGCAACUUUGUAGAGGGUGGAGGCAGUUUGUUUUGAAGGUGUCACAUUUUGGGCGAUACAGCUCUUUUUCAUUCUUCGAGCUUUUAUCUUUCCAUUCCUUGUUUCAUCCCUCAUUUGAGUCUGUAAUCACUGGAUCGUCAAGGGUGAUGAUCCAGGUUUCAAGAGCAGUCCAGAGAUGCUGAAGACAAACAAAAAGAGGCGAGCUCAGAGGACCAGCACUAACCUCACAAAAGCAGCUCUUAGCCUCGCUGUGCACACAGACAGUAAUUCGCACCUUGCUCCUACUCUUCAUUUGGAACCCAGUGCAACAUUAUCCGUUGCCAACAGCACCAGAGGGACCCAUUUCAUAUUUGGACCUGUGGCUGGUGCUGCUGCAGUGACAGCUCUCCAUUUGGCUCAGAUUGAGACUCAGGCCCAGAUUGCCCUCCAGCAGCUUGCCACUCUAGCGACCAUAACUGUUGGCAACCAGGGUCACAACAACAACGGGUUUGCAGUGGCAUUACCUCCUCACUUGGCCCUCCUGCGUCUUCUCAGUAGACAAGAGGUGUCAGCUGUUGGGUUUAACGUGGACACAAACAGCAAAAGCUACAGAACCACACAACUGUGUCUUCCUGCUGCCAUGUACCACCACCACUCCCAGCAACAGGGGCCACAGCCCUUUUCAAAUGGGUCCAGACCUCAUCAGCCACAUCCAAAUCAACAUCAGAAUCGUACUUCCUCUGAUAUGCUGUCACAGGUGAUGGGUUUCCAGUUUCCUCGUCCCACCCAGCUCCCUGAUGAGCUAGAAUCUGCCCUGGCUAUACGGGGUGCCAGGGACAUGGACCACCGCCUCAUUGACCACAUGAACCCACCGAACCAACAUCAGAACCAAGGUUCAGGUUCUGGGAUUAGUCAACAUGGAACCUACGGCUCUAACCCAAUAGCUCUCACCUCUGAUAAUCAGCCAGCCCACCAGCAAGGAGUAGACUGGUCAAGCUACCAAAUUCCAACUAAACUGUUUGCCAGUCCUCCACCUAGUUCCAGCCGCCAAUCACAACAACAGCAGGCGCCUCAACAGCAGCCGGAAAGCAACCACGCUGGAACAAGCGUCCCAACCUGGACUGCCCCCGUAAGUGACUCACAGGGGCCCCAAGCCCGGCACCAGCAUGAUGGUGGAAGUAGUGGCAGUGGGGAUGGUCAGGGUUUGUACACACCAGAGAGUGCAGGAAGUAUCCUGGCUAGUUUUGGACUUUCAAAUGAGGACUUGGAAGUGCUGAGUCACUAUCCUGAUGAUCAGCUAACCCCAGAUACUUUACCAUUCAUACUACGUGACAUCCAAAUCAACAAGUCAGGCAACCAGAAAUCUGUGGCUUCUGCUUCCUCAUCCUCAUUCUCGCGCAACAUACAUGAUAUGUCACUGCCGCCUCCCCGCUCUUCGCCAUUGGCACGUUCACGCUCCCCUGAAGUGCCUAGCCUUCUUACUGUUACACAGACAGCAGGUAAAGUCAUUGACUAUGGUCACGCCAGCCGGGUAAAGGACGAGAGUAGUACCAGAGAAACUUUCAAAAGAGAGCCACUCUCCAAUGAAAGGACAGUUAAAAUGUACCCAUCCUCGUCGUCAUCCUCGUCAGCCCCAAAAGUGGAUAAAGCUGAAAGGCAGCAGGUUCAUUUGGAACACACUGAACCGAGCAAGCAUGGAGACCGGGACUAUCGUAGGACAAGUAGCGACCAUCGCAAGAGCAAUCGGUCACCUGGGAGAGAAUUACCACCAUCAUCCAAAUCACGUAAUCUAGACCAAGACUACAGGCACGACAGACCCAAACCAAGGCCCUCAUCUGAAACCAGGAAUGAGGAUUCCUUGAGACGGUCUCUCUCCUCUUCGUCUGGCUCAAAACCACGCAGCAGCAAGAAGUUACCUACCCCCACCAUGAUAAGUGAUUUCUCAGCUGUGUCUCCAAAGGUGUAUCCCCAUACCUGCUCCCUGUGCCACAUACAGUGUGAUCAGGAAAAGGACUGGGUUGACCAUAUUAACACUGUCAACCACACUGCUACCUGCAGAGACCUGCGCAACAAGUACCCUGACUGGAAACCAGAUCUACCAAGUCGGAGCGGACGAUAUGGCAGCCGGGCUCUGUGGGAUCCCAAGGAUCACUCUCCAUCCCAUUCCGUGUCUCGAUCCCUCUCUGGUUCUCCUACCCCAAGUCCUCCUCACAACAGAAACAGGGUUGGCCCCCAUCCCCACAAGCCACAUGGGAAACUUUACCCUCCUCAACCUCACUAUGACCACUACACAGAACAUGGCCAUCGGUUGGAGCACCGUCACGCUGGCUCAUCCUCCAGAGAGCAUCGGCCUGAGAGGAGGGACAGGGAAUCAUCAGGGGGUUCCUCUCACAGUGGUGUGAAGCGCCCACACGAUGGUUCAGCCAAGUUCUCUGCUGACACAAGCCGACAUCCAUUCUACUCUAAGGCGGGUCAAAACUCCAAACAUGGACUAUCACAGUCCAACACCAAAACUUUCAAGAGUGGGACAAAGACUGGAACUAGGAUGACUAAGAUGACAAGUGCCAAGGCUGCUAACACAUCUGUCAAGCCUCCGCCAGCCAAGAGAAAGAAGAAAACAGCGACUCCAGCCUCUCAGGACUCGUCUAUUGCAGAUCGUCUGGUUUAUCUGACAGGCAUUCCAAAUGAUGCCUCAGAGCAAGAAGUUACCGACUUGGUCAGGUCCUUUGGCAAGAUCAACAAUGUGAUCCUUAUGCCAUGCUCCGAGGAAGAGAGCGAGAAGGGCGAGGGACAAAAGGCUUCUGUAUGCAUGGUGAAGGCUGAAGAUGCGCAGGCACUGGCUAAGUCCACAAAUCUCUCCAUCAGGGACCAGCAGAUCACUGCUUCAACAGCCAAGAAACCUGAAAGAGGGCAGUCUUCUGAUGCUAACAGCAGCAAACCUGCUUCAGGACAGGAGAAAAGUGCUGCUGGGGAAGACUCAGGAGGUGACACUGACCAGAGGACUUCUGAUGAGAAAGGCAUGGUGUUGAUCACAGGACUUCCUGAAAGCAGCUGGUCGGAGAGUGACAUCAUCAAGCUGAUCCAGCCCUUUGGAACUCCCCUUGACAUUAUCUCAGCUACACAAAUUGGAAAGGUACUUGUGUCAGUGCCAGACAUGGAGAUCGCUCAAGAGAUAGUGAAAGUCCACACCUUCAUCCCUGCAAAGAUUAAAGACUCUGAGCUGAAGAUUACCCAUGUCAAACGGCAUAUUGGCCUCAGCACACCGGUGGCUCUCUACAAUCUACUGAUGGGAUCAGUUGACCCAUUAGAGAGUUCUGUUCCUGUAGGCUGGAGCAGCCUCUUGGUGAUCAGAAAUGUUCCCAACACGCUGUCUGGCUCCUCUGAGGUCCAGAAACUGGUGCGGCGCUUUGGUACCGUCAUCAAGACCCUAGUACUCAAGAAUACGGUCAUUUGCGAGAUGGCAACUGCAGCCAUGGCCUUGUCUGUUUACAAACGCUUCCAGAUGUUUCCGUGCAUCAUCCAGAACAACCCGCUGUUCUUCUCCCGCAAGCCUGACCCCAAGGUCAGCACCCAGACAAAAGUCAUCACUGCAUACCUUGAUUCAUCUGAGGAUACACCUGCAAAUGGUAAGCGCAGCCAAACGGAAGCAGCUGCAGAUAAAGAGGAGACGGCACACAAAGAGAAGUCAGAAUCUCCUUUGGAGGGAAUGGAAAAAGAUUCUGUUGGGACAGAUGAGAGGAUGGAGAGCACAGAGAAGAUGGUUGAUGAAGACGACGCUUCAGGAGAAAACAGGAGCGAAGACGAGAUCAAAAAACUUCCAGGUGGUGUUUCGGACUCUUCAGGCUGUGGCGGAUGCGAAACCAGAAGCAGUGUUGGACGCAGACAUCAGGGAAACAUCAGCUGUUAAAACUGU